CUUAAAGCUUUGGAUCUACACCUAUUUCCGCUCGAGCCAGUCUGCGCCUGGGAUCUAAGCGCAACGGGAGGAUAAACUAAUUCUCUCCAUAGUUUGUUUGCGUAAAUACCAUCACUGCUCGCAGCUACCUACCAUUAUGAAUGUGGGUGUGGCACACAGUGAGGUGAACCCAAACACUCGGGUGAUGAACAGUCGAGGGAUCUGGCUGACCUAUGCACUCGGUGUUGGUAUACUUCACAUUGUACUCUUGAGCAUACCCUUCUUCAGCGUGCCUGUGGUGUGGACUCUAACAAACGUCAUACACAACUUUGGAAUGUAUGUCUUCAUGCAUGCCGUGAAGGGUACGCCGUUUGAGACGCCCGACCAGGGAAAAGCCAGGCUCCUGACUCACUGGGAGCAGCUUGAUUAUGGCGUACAGUUCACCUCAUCUAGAAAGUUCUUCACCAUUUCUCCAAUCAUCCUAUAUUUCCUUGCAAGUUUCUACACAAAAUACGACAUGACACACUUUAUAAUCAACACUGCCUCACUUUUGAGCGUCCUGAUCCCCAAACUGCCGCAGCUGCAUGGAGUGAGGAUUUUCGGCAUCAACAAGUAUUAAGUUAUUGCGAACGCUGUGCCUCUCAGCAGUAGAAGCUUAUUCCUGUGUCGUCUGUACCGCUGAUUUACAGUCUCUGUGUGAGGGCAACUCUGGUCUAGAUAUGUUGGUUUAAAAUAAGAAAAUAGAGGUUUGUAGAUGACGGGAUGCCAUAUGCAUUAACUAACUUAUGUGAAUAUUUAAUGAUGUAUUUUUGACCUGUGUAGACCUGGGCUGGCCCAGGCUUUGAUGAGGCUUUUGGUUGUUUGUUUGUUUUUUUUGUUUGUUUGUUUGUUUGUUUUCUUCCUUUUUUUGCCCUCUGUUCUCACAGCGACAAAGAUGUUUACUUUAUGAAGGGUAGGAGCCCGUGGCUCAUCGUUUAUUGGUACACUCUCAUUUUGAUAGGAGUGUCAGAUGUUCGGCUGGGUGGAGAACAGAAUCUUUAUUUGCAUGAUUUCCUUUAUGUGAAUUAUUCAUUUGUGACUCAAUCAGAGCGGAUCGGGCUUGUUUCUUUGUACAGUUUUUGUCUGUGUAGAAAUAGGAAAUUAUUGUGAGGUUAACCGUUUACUGAUGGAGGUCUACAGCAUCUGUGAUAAACUUUCAUUCACAUAGCUGCUCUCUUCAGAUUUGGACCUUUUUGCUAUAAUUAAAUCAGUUAGUCCUGCUUUGUUUGGCCACAGCUCAUUGUGAUAUCCUUUGUUCCUAAUCUUAUUAAAAUGUUUGUGCCCUC